UACCUCUUCGCUAUUCCUUGUAGUGAUGGUCAUUACAGAGGACAGUUUGGUCAAUUUGCAGAUGCUUGUGGAGCCGAAGAUCCUCAAAACCUCAGAUCAACUAACCUUCGCAAACAGAUCGCCACAAUAAGCCAAGUCAUGAACUUGAAAGAUAAUGAACUGGACCAGCUGGCCGACUUUCUCGGCCAUGACAUUAGGGUGCAUAGGGAGUACUAUCGACUGCCCCAAUCAACGAUUCAGCUGGCUAAGAUCUCAAAGCUGCUUAUGGCUAUGGAGAAGGGAAGUGUGAAGGAUAUUCAAGGAAAAUCUCUGGAUGAAAUUGGUGAUGACAUAGACAAAAUGGAUACAGGAUCACAGCAACUCCCUAAUGUUUCCACAUUGCAAGACAAUGAAGAAAUGUUGACUUCUGGGACUUUUGGAUCACCUCAUCUCUCCGAGACUGCAGCUCAAGAUGACCAGGGGAACUCUGCCUGUGUAACUUCUGGUUCACCUCAUCUCCCUGACUCCGUUACUCAAGGUUUCUGUGUUUCAUCAAGGCGGUGUACGAAGAGACCAUGGUCUGAGGAGGAGAUACAAGCGGUGAUGAAACAUCUAAGGCCUUUUGUUGAAAACGGUGUCACUGCCACCAGCGGGCAGUGCCUGGAGUGCAAGGAAAAGGAACACCCUAUCUUGGAGACCAGAUCCAUUCAAAACAUUAGAGAUUUUGUCCGCAACAGAGGCUUGGCCUUUAAAAGGCAUUCAAAUGCUAAACGCUAAAUGCUCUUUUGGAUAGCUUGAGCCUUUACCUUUCUAGGCAUGUUUUACAAGUUGGUGUCCUGUGUUCAGAAAUGGGUUAGGUCACUUCAUUUAUUUUGCUCACAGGCAGUUUUUUGUUUUGUUUGUUUUGCUUUGUGGUUAGCCUGGGCCUUUUAAUGUCAGGAUUCACUUUUAUUUUCCUUUAUUAUUUUUUAAAAUGCUGUCCUUGUUAAGGAAGGAAGAGAUUCUUGAGGUGACCAAAUCAAAUAUAGUUCAGUGAUUCAA